AGCACUUGAAACUCCCUCAGUCACCAUCUAAACGAUGCAAUCUUUAGACAACCCCGGAGUCGAUUUGGAAGCCGGUAGUGGCGGAGACGGUGGCGGGCCCCGCCGCUCAACCGCCGUGGGUUCCGGGAGCAGCUCCGACGACGCGGAGGCGGCGCCGGAUGAUAAAUCUCAGCCGCCGCCGAAAGAGGAGGCAAAAGCAGAGAGGAGUUGCAGAAUCUGCCAAUUGGGGCUGGAAGGGGAGAGUCAAGAAUCUGUUGGGGUGGUUUUUGAAUUGGGCUGUUCUUGCAAGAAUGAUUUGGCUACUGCCCAUAGACUGUGUGCUGAGGCUUGGUUCAAGAUUAAGGGCAACAGACGAGCAAUCGUGUUAAACAGGCCACAGACAGUUGGGUACAACCUCCAUACGGACAACUGGGCUAAAGACUAACGGACCGCUAGGAAUGAACGUCUAGACGGACACCUUGACAAACGAGAUGGGCUAAAACUGGCUCUGAUACCAUGAUAGAAUUUAGGAUGGGGUAUGGACAACUGGAUUGGGCAAUAAGACACUUGGAUUGAACCACAUUAAAAGAUUGAAUCCAAU